CCUGCCCCCGCUCUGCCCCAACACACGGCGACGAGGAGAGCACCGAGCGAGCAUCUGCUACGGACGCUGGCCGGAUGGUUAAAUCCAACCUUCAGACGAUUUUGAAUAGUCAUUGUUUUGUUAGAGAAAAAGAGAGAAAUUUAACCGAGAUGCCUGUUAUCGAGCAGACAAGUAAUAAAACAGAAAGUGAAAGUAUCUCCAACCCCCGGAGGUGCUCUCGCUGUUGCAGUAACCCGUGUCCAGGGCCUCUGUGGUGCUCCGAUGCCCCUCUCCCACCCCUGAAGAUCCCAGGUGGGCGAGGGAAUGACCAGCGGGAUCACAAUCUUUCAGCUAAGCUAUUCUACUCUGAUGCUCAAUUGCUAGUUCUUGAAGAGCCCCCUCCUGCUAAUAGCAGAGUGCGCUUUUUGCUUUUUGAGCCUAAACGCUCAGAAGGCAAGCACAGCGUGUGGAGGGCAGCGCUGAAGGGAGGGAACCUCUACGUCGAAAUCCCUCCUGGAGCAUUGCCCGAGGGCAGCAAAGACGGAUUUGCUCUUCUGCUGGAAUUUGCUGAAGUGCAACUACAAGCCGACCACGUGUUCAUCUGCUUUCACAAGAAUCGCGAUGACCGAGCAUCUCUUUUGCGAACAUUCAGUUUCCUGGGCUUUGAGAUUGUGAGACCGGGCCAUUCCCUCGUCCCCUCCCGCCCUGACGCUUUCUUCAUGGCUUACAGCAUUGAGCGAGAUUCCUCAUCUGAUGACGAUUAAAACCUGCGCAAUUUGUGUUUCUUCUUCUGUAUCCAUAGCUGUGCAUCUGUUUAAUUUUGAGCAUAAUCUUAAGUUUAGUGCGGUUGAGGUUUCCAGGUUUUCUUGUGUGUACCUAUUAACCUGCCUUUGUGCUGGUUUUUAAAGAUCUUUGCACUAGGGUAAGAUGUUAAUAUACCAAGAGUGUCAAAGCAAGGUCUCUUAAAAUUUCUUGGCAAUGCUUCCUCACCACUGUCUCACUUUCCUCAGUUCAUAAUGCCGUUUAUAUACCUUCCCCCAAACACUCCACCAUCAUCUCUGUAAUGUAAGAUCUAUGGUUAAUAUCUGCUUCAUUUACUUACCACACAAAUGGAUGUCUUACAGUAGGUUACCUUUGAUUUGCUUGUUUAUAUCAAACUUAUCUUUUUUAAAUGUGUGCAUGAUUUACAUUUAUUUUGAUUCACUUGAUAGAAAUGUGCAUGUUGUAACUGUACCUAUUAAAAGUGCUCCCCUAA